ACUGACUGGUAUUAUUUCUUACAGCUACAACUCCCUGUCUCCGCCAUCUCAGUCACUCAUUUACAGGGACGUGCCGUUCAUUUGAGACUCUUCUUUCCCUUAGGGACCUUUGCUAUUGUCCCUGUACACAUUUGAGGCCCAGAAGUGCCCUGGGAAUGGAGCCAUGUCGACACCAGCACCCAUUGCCCGACAAGACGCCAACGAGACGACACCCUCUCCGAAGCCGAAGACGCAGCAGUCCAAGAAUGCUGCCAUACGCUACCCUUUCUGGUUCGGGGGCAGCGCAGCCUCAAUGGCGGCGGUAGUCACCCAUCCCCUUGACUUGGUCAAAGUCCGACUUCAAACCCGCCCGUCCUCUGCUCCAACAACCACCAUCAGCACAUUCACACAUAUCCUGCGGCACGAUGGACCACUAGGGCUCUAUGCCGGUCUCUCCGGCGCCCUCCUCCGCCAAUUGACCUAUUCCACCGUGCGCUUCGGCGUCUACGAAGACCUCAAGACGAGAUUCGCUCCCGCCCCGACCCCCGAGAAUCCUGCACCACGUCCGUCACUUCUCCAACUCGUCCUCAUGUCCUCGGUUGCGGGCCUGCUGGGCGGCAUCGCUGGCAACCCGGGCGACGUCCUCAACGUGCGCAUGCAGUCCGACGGCAACAAACCGCACGUCGAGCGCCGCAACUACAACCACGCCCUCGACGGCAUCAUACGCAUGUCCCGCGAGGAAGGAGUGGCCAGCUUAUUCCGGGGAGUCGAGGCAAACUCGACCCGGGCCUUGAUGAUGACGGCCUCGCAACUCGCCAGUUACGACGCUUUCAAGCAAUUGUGCCUGGGAAGAUUGGGCAUGUCGGACAACUUCAGUACACAUUUUACGGCGUCUCUUGCCGCCGGGUUCGUCGCGACGACGUUGUGUUCGCCAGUGGACGUGAUCAAGACGAGAGUCAUGAGCGCCGGUGCGAAGACGAGCAUCCUGCAGAUCCUCACUGAUGCGACAAAGCAGGAAGGCAUGCUGUGGAUGUUCCGCGGCUGGGUGCCGAGUUUCAUACGUCUGGGCCCACAGACAAUAUGUACCAUGGUGUUUUUCGAGCAACAUAAGAAACUUUAUCGCCAGUGGAAGGGCAUCGAGGAACCCGCUGUUUAGUUGUUGGCCUUUUGUGAAUACGGCUUUUCUGCAUUUUUGUAAAGGCGCAUGGUGUGGCAUCUGGGAAGACCAAUUAAGUCCGACCCUUUAUAGAUAUUGGACAUACUACGGGUUCUUUUCUGGCCUAAAAAUGUACUAUGGGCACUUCUCGACCUCGAUUUCUACUGUACAUACACAGCUUGGAUUUGCUGAGCCAUGAUUCUUCUGACCGAGACGUACAAUCAUGGCUCAAAGAAAUAUGAUCCUAAACCUGAACUCCCA